AUGAGAAGCUGACAGGUAAAGAGAAGAGAAAGAAAGGAAUGAAAUGGUGAGAGUAAGCAAACAGGUUUUGCAAAAAGCAGGGUCACCCCUUGCCAAAACCCUAUCUGAGAUCCUCGUUUGUCCUCUCUCUAAGCACCCUUUGAGGUUCUGCGAGGAAUCUAAUUCUCUAAUCAGUGAUGCUAUUGGCGUUUCCUUUCCCAUAAAAAAUGGGAUACCUUGCUUGGUUCCAAGAGAUGGGAAGAUACUUGAGGAUGAAGAUGCAUCAAAACCCGAAAAUCAUACCAAUUUAUCUGCAGUGAAUGAAGAGAAUAAAGGAACAAGUGACUGAGAUGAUCAAACUAUCUGUGAGCCUAAAAUGCGCUAUGUGUAUAAGAAGUUGCAUUAUUGACACUUUGGGGAAGAAACAUGCUUUUUCCUUAAAUGAAAAAUGUUGAACUAAUAGAUUUCUUAAUUUGUAUCUUUUAGAGUUGUCUCUUCAUGAUUCAACGUUUAUUAUCAUUCGUGUGAUAUUUAGUAGGGAUACAAACUUGUUAAAAGAAACAAGGUUUCUUUAUUGUCAAUUAAAAGUGCAGAGGAUACUGACCAUUAUUGAAGAAACGAGGUUUUCUGCAUUUUAUAUAGAGAUGUAUAAUGUCAAUAGUUUUGCAGAAAGAGGCUUUUGAACCUUGAUCAAUAUUACUAAUGUACUUCUGACAAUCGAGCUAAGCAUCUACUGUGAAGGAUGUAGUUUCUUGCUUUGAGACAUACCACACACUCCAUACAACUUUGGCAAGAACGUCAAUGAAAAUAGUGAUGAUUACUACAAGUAUUCUUGUAAUAAAGGAAGCAAUGAUGAUGAACGCAGAAGAAGGGCCAAAAAUUUCAUCACU